AUGGAGGAUUCAGAACAAUACUUCGUUAUCGAGUACUUCAAAAAUUACCUCAAGUAUCAGUACGAGUGAUUCUCAACAGACCCUUUACAAGACUUUAAAGAAGCUAGUGCUAAAAGAAAUCUCUCUGAUAAAGAUGACCUUGAGGGAGAAAAUACUUCCUUAACUGUUAAGACAAGAUUAAGGUCAGGCCAGACCUCAACUAAUGAAAGGAAUCUGACUCCUGAAACUAGUCCUGCAGAAAGCAUGGUAAACCCUUCAUUCCAUUUCAAGUGAAUGACAGAUAAUGAGAAAAGGGAGAAGCUCAGACUUUUAUCUUCAGUCAUUGUUAUAGAAGAUAUAGAUUUACUCACCUCAGAAGCGAUCUGAGACUGCUCAUUCCUUAAGAACAUCUUGCAUUACAUGAAGCCUGAUGAGUUCAGGAUUCCUGAUGGAGGUGUGAAUGAAAAUGAGUACGUUCCGAUCCUGUACGGUCUCCAAAAAUUCCUUCGUGCUCGAAACUUCGACUCAGUAUCCUACCUCAAGUCUUUGAAGACUAGGUUUAACAUUCAGAUGAUCACUUCUGAUGAAAAAUGGGAGCUUGUCAAACUCACGAUACUUGUUAGUUUCCUAUGUAAAGAUAGUGAGGAAUCUUUAAUCUCAAGAGGGCUGGAUUUCAGCCAUGAAAAGACCUCUGAGGUCAAACCCUCCUUCCUCAAAGGGUUGUUCCAGGUCCUAGAUUCCGUACUUUUCAAAUUGAAUCAUUUUGAUGACGAGAGUGUGUUUGGAGUUCUUGACUGCAACAAAUCAACCUCGUUUAUCAAGUCAAAUGCUGAGAUUCUUAAUUUCAGGAACUCAGUUGGCUUUAACCCAAGACAAGAGACAGACAAUAUGCUAAUCGAUUCAUUGUUAAGUGACGAAGAAGACGACUUAUUUGACAGGGCUUGAGAUAACGAGUACUACAAUCAUCUCAGAGAUGAUGAAAAGAUGCUCUCAAUGAAUCAGUCUCCUUUAAAAGAUUCCUCAGAUAAUUUUCUGCAGCCAUUUACAACCUUCCGUACAAUUGAUCAUAGAUCGUCAAUGGUACCAUACAAAAAUUUCAACCUUCACGGUGGGAAUCAGAGACAGAGAGUAACCAUAAAUGGAAUUUUACAAAGAAAAUUCAACUGAAAUGACAAUUCCUCACUGAUGUAUCCUAACCAGAGUUCUUUGAAGAGAUCCUCUGUGAGUUAUUUACAACAGUUUGAGAAAGAGUUUGAGACAAAGGAAAGUCAUCUACUGAAUCAAAUCUCUGAGCUUAAGCAAAGACUUACAAAGUUCUCUGAAGAGAACUCGACUCUCAAGGAUCUCCUCAAGGAAGAAGAGAAAGAAAACUCCAGACUCACCAGAGACCUGAAAAGAAUACAAAAAGUUGAGGAGAGAUUCGAGCAUCUCAAGUACUGCUUCGAGAAGAAGCAUAAUGAGUGAGAAGAACUCACCCAGAACCUUCAGGCUUCAGCAGAGCAGCUAUCCCUCUCUGAAAAGAAUACCUCCAAACUUCUUAAGACAAUUAAAAGCCAGGAGAACAUUCAUUUCCAACACUUGAAAAUGUUCAAAGAGUCUGAAGACCUAUUGAGGAGUUACUAUGACAAAUCAUUACAAACAUGCCUUGACCAGAUUAAGCUGAGGGACGAGCAGCAGAUCCCUUUACAGCAAAGAGAUAGAGAAUUCAGAGACCUGAAACAUGAACUUGAGAAGACUAAAAGAAUGGAGCAGAGCUACUUUGACCUCUACACAGAGACCCUUGAAACUCUUGAAGAGAUGAGCAAAAGAUGUGAGGCUCUUGAACAGAACACAGAAUGUACGCCCACUAAUUCUCAGAAUGAACUUAAGAUAUGGGAUACCAAAAUCAACAGAAAUGAGAUAACCAUCAGCUGAGCUUUAUUGCUCCUCUGAAUGCUAGCUAAUUUAGUAUUGUAG